UUUCACUACGUAUUGCCAGGCCUAUUCCCACCAUCUCGAACUCUGGUCUUAUUUGACCUCUUUAAAUGUAUUAUUUUUCUGGACAACUAUGGUUACUCCCAGUCUCUGGCCAUUUGGAGGAGGCAGGCAUGUGAAAUAGAGUUGUUGGCAUCAGAGACUGCUGCAAGGUAAAAGCUGUUUUCUUUCUUCCCUGUUCUCCAGGUUGGACUUGGGACUGUUUGCAGGAAUGGGGCUCCUACAUCCAGCUGGCUAUUCCCAGUAUGUUCAUGGUGUGCAUUGAGUGGUGGACCUUUGAGAUCGGAACUUUCCUUGCAGGACUGAUUAGUGUGACAGAGCUUGGGGCCCAGGCCAUCAUUUACGAACUGGCCUCUGCAGCCUACAUGCUGCCGCUUGGCUUUGGUGUGGCAGCGAGUGUCCGCGUGGGCAAUGCUCUGGGUGCAGGGAAUGCUGAGCAGGCUCGGCACUCCAGCAUCACUGUUCUCCUGUGUGCGGGUGUUUGCGCACUCGUAGUGGGCAUUUUAAUCGCAGCUUUGAAAGAUGUGGUUGCCUACAUAUUUACCAGUGACAGGUUACAGCUGAGCUGGGAGCAGGAGAUGGUACUAAGAGAUAUUAUUUACCUUGUGAGCCAAGUGAUGCCUAUUUUUGCUCCCUUUCAUCUAUUUGAUGCACUUGCGGGCACCUGCGGGGGCGUCCUUCGAGGUACAGGAAAACAAAAGAUUGGUGCUAUCUUGAAUGCCAUUGGUUAUUAUGUUUUUGGUUUUCCCAUUGGAGUAUCUCUGAUGUUUGCUGCUAAACUUGGGAUAAUAGGUCUCUGGUCUGGAUUGAUCAUCUGUGUUUUCUUUCAAGCCCUUUUCUAUUUGGUGCUCAUCUGGAGGACAAACUGGAAGAGAGUUGCAGAGCAGGCACAGGUCCGAGCUGGGCUGAAGGGGAUUAAAGAGACCACACCAUCACCAGCAGUGUAUAUACUCCACUGUUGUCUGCAAUCAGAUCUACCCGUCUUGGAGAAAGAAGUAACCGAUGGAGUGGUUUUGCCUGAUAUCAUCACACCCGAGAGCCAGACCCUCCAACUAAUGGUACUAGAAGAAAGCAACCAGUAUGCUGUGUCCACCAUCGGGGGUGUUUUGACAGUGAGCCAGUUGAUUUUCUAUCGUGGAAUAGCUCUAGCUGUUGCCAUUGUUAUUCUUUUAGCAGGCAUUUUAAUAAGGGUUUUUCAAUGACCGUGGCUAAAAUAGAAGGAUUAUCACCAGCCCACAAACUAGACAGGAUCAUUAUUAUUGAUCUGUGAAGUGUGGGAGGUGACCUGGUCACAUGGACAGUGGUGUCUCACUCCCCGCUGUGGGUGGAAAGGAUAUCAGUGAUGUCUUCUUAGUUAUCCCAAGAAUCUGCACUAUCCUCAUGGAGAUCAAGAAAGGAGGUAGACUUCUGAGUUUCUCCCAAACGUUAAUUCUAUCAUGGUUUGUAAAUCUGUCAAUUUGAUUUUCCCUGCUGGAAGUAUUCUGCACUCUUAUGUUGAAUAUCUUCCCUCUUGCAGGAAAGUUCAUUGCCCUCUAAAACUGGUUGCUGAUCCAGCUUUGUUUGUAUUUCUCUGUUAAUGUAUUUACUCUUAUCAGUGGGUGUGUAUUAAGUGCCUGUUGAAGUCCUAUCUCAGGUAUUGUAUAAGCUUUUAUAAAAUAAACACCUUAAAAUUGAAAA